ACACACACACACACACACACACACACACACACACACAGUACAGUCUCCUGUUGCAGCGGUUCAUCCCUCAGCUGUGACUGCAGGCUUCUCGACCAUCUUUAAGAUGUCCUGGCAGCCUCCGUACUACGGAUCAAAGUUCCGUCAUGUUUAUGGAAAACCAGCAAGUAAGGGUCAGAAUUAUGAUGGUCUGUCAAUCACCCGCAGUGUCCAUGACAACCACUGCUGCGCCAUCAAUCCGCGCUUCAUUGCAGUGGUCACUGAGUGCGCAGGGGGCGGAGCCUUCAUCGUCAUCUCCAUACAUCACACAGGCCGUGUGGACCCUCAUCAUCCCCGUGUGUGUGGUCACAGCGCCCGGGUUCUGGAUGUUAAAUGGGAUCCAUUUGAUGACCAACGUAUAGCUUCCUGUUCUGAAGACUGCACGGUUAAAGUGUGGCAGAUUCCCUGUAAUGGACUGAAGGAUAAUCUGAUCAAACCACAGAAGGAGUUGUUAGGCCAUGUCCGGAGGGUGGGGCUUAUUGAGUGGCAUCCAACUGCAAAAGACAUCUUGUUAAGCUCCGCCUAUGAUUAUAGAGUGUGUGUGUGGCGUGUAGACAAUGUGGGUGUGCUGGUGGUGAAGACGCCAGUGUCUGUGAUCCACACACACACCGGUCUAGUGAUGAGUGUGAGUUUCAGUGAGGAUGGCAGCAGAAUUGCUACAACAUGCAAAGACAGACGAGUCCGAGUCCUUGAGCCGCGCACAGGGCGCACACUUCAGGAGUCAUGUAAUGAGUCUCAUAAGGCUUUCAAGGUCCUGUUCCUGUCCAACCGGAACCUGCUGCUUACAACUGGAACUUCCAAAUGGAACCAGAGACAGUUUGCCUUGUGGGACCCGGAUGAUUUAUCCGAGCCGUUGUUGGAGGAGGAUGUGGAUGGAGGUUCUGGUGUUCUCUUUCCAUUUUAUGACCCUGACACAUACAUUCUAUACCUGGCUGGCAAGGGAGACGGUAAUAUCCGGUAUUAUGAAGUGAGUGUGGAGAAACCGUACAUACAUUUUCUGGCAGAAUAUCGUUCUCCACUUCCACACAAGGGCCUGGGUGUGAUGCCGAAGCGAGGUUUAGACACUGUGCAGUGUGAAGUGUUUCGUUUUUAUCGCCUGGUUCCUGUGAAAGACCUGGUGGAGCCGUUAUCCUUUAUUGUACCGAGAAAGUCUGAGGACUUUCAGAAGGACAUUUAUCCCAUGACGGCGAGCAACGAGGCGGCCAUGACGGCUCAGGAGUGGCUCACGGGGCAAAACAAAGGGCCGCUGCUGAUGUGCCUGAGGCCUGAGACCAAAGUGCAGAACCCGUACCCAGCUCCGGAGCAGGACACUGAGCGCUCAGUCUGCAGCCUGCAUCUCCUUCAGGAACACUACAGAGCAGAGAAAGCGAGCAGUCAGAAAGCAGGGGAUGAAAUCAGUGACCUGUCAGAGUGGCAGGAGGAUGAGACUCAGUGGAACAGCUGGAGAGACACACACUUUGGUGUUUGGUGGUGUGAGACAGCAGCAUACACACCGCCGGAUGGAGACAAGGAGCAGCUGAAUGUGUUUUAUAAGCAGCAGGAAGAGAUCAGGUCUCUGAGGCAGAAGCUCAGUCAGCGGGACACCAGGAUUCAGCAGCUGGAGCUUGAGAUCAAGAACAUACGCAAUCAGCUGAGAGCUUCGUUCUGAUGAAAACACACGGAGAAGCGAUGGACAGAGAGUACAGAUAAGCAGCCUGAAUGCCCGGCGGCCAUCUUGGAACAUUCCUGUGGCUGUUUUUACUCCCACAAAAUAAUGACAAGUUGCAGUCAAAUGAACUCGAGCUG